AUGGCCUCGAGUCAGCUGACGGCAAGCCUCGAUUUUCUAACCGAUGCUGCCCAUCUACUGCGCGGCGCGGCGCCCGAGACAUCGGCUCACCUCAUGAGGCAUCGCGCCGACCUCCUUUCCCAUGCCAAUGUGCCCCAGCAUGAGCUUCAGCGACAGCACGUCUGCUCCGCCUGCGGCCACAUCAUGAUUCACGGACAGGCCCCGGAACAAGCCGUCCGCCGCCGCAAGGGGCCCAGGCUGCCGGCGGCCGAGGCGACAACGGCGGUGACGAAGAACACAGACGCGUCUAAAAAGACGGCAAAUGCCAGCAGCAAGCAGCGGGCAAAGAAUCGAAGGGCCGGCCUGCAGGCUCUGCUCUCCCAGCAGCAGCAGCAGCAGCAGCAGAGCUCAUUCUUCGAGGCCAUCGGCACAAAGGUCGAGAGCCUCGCCGAGCCAGCUGCAAAUGGCGACGUCGCCGACGACGAGCAACGGGCCGUCGAGGAAGUCGAGUCUCUGUGCAUGAACUGUGGAGAGAAUGGCGUCACUCGGCUCCUCCUGACCGCCAUCCCAUACUUCCGUGAAGUCGUCAUCAUGUCCUUCUCCUGCGAACACUGCAACACCCAGAACAACGAGAUCCAGGCCGCCGGCACUGUGCAGCCCAAGGGCACCCACUACGAACUGCGCCUGACCUCGCUCGACGACUUUGGCCGCCAAGUGGUCAAGUCCGACUCUGCCACCGUCAAGUUCAUCGAGCUGGAUCUCGAGAUCCCCGCCGGGCGCGGCCAGCUGACCAACGUCGAGGGCCUUUUGACCUCCGUCGUCGACGACCUCGAGCUGGGACAGGAGGCGCGCAAGGAGCAGAUGCCCGAACACUUCCCCAAGGUGGCCGAAAUCAUCACCAGGGCCCGCGCCAUGCUGGCAGGCGACGCGUUCCCCUUCCGCUUCUACGUCGACGACCCGGCCGGCAACUCCUUCAUCGCGCCCGAUCUCAAGGACGGCGUCGGCAAGUGGGAGAAGCGAGAGUUUGCCCGGACACCGGAGCAAAACGCCGCCCUCGGCCUCUCGGAUAGCGCCGGGGCCAACGCGCCGGCCGCGCCCGAGCUCACGGCUGACGGCGAGAUUGCCCCCAACGAGGUCUACAGCUUCCCCGCCACGUGCCCGGGCUGCAUGCACCCCUGCACGACGCACAUGAAGAUGGUCGACAUCCCCCACUUCAAGCAGGUGGUGCUCAUGUCGACCGUCUGCGACGAUUGCGGCUACCGCUCCAACGAUGUCAAGACUGGCGGCGAGAUACCCGAGCGCGGCGAGAAGAUUACGCUCCGCGUCGACGGUCCCGUCGACCUGGCGCGCGACAUCCUCAAGAGCGAGACGUGCGGCAUGGAGUGCCCGGAGCUCAAGCUACAGGUCAACCCGGGCACGCUCGGCGGCCGCUUCACCACUGUCGAGGGCCUCCUGACGCAGGUGCGCAACGACCUCCACGGCCAAAUCUUCGAGGCCAACGGGCCCAGCGCCAGCAGCGGCGGCGACUCCCUGGCCGCCAGCGAGCGGGGCCAGUGGCAGGCCUUCUUCGACGGGCUCGACGCCGCCAUCCGCGGCGACAGGGCCUUUACCAUCGUCCUGGCGGACCCCUUUGCGAGCAGCUUCGUGCAGCCGCUCGUCGACCCGCCCGCGCCGGACCCCAAGAUCACCAGGGAGGCCUACGACCGCACCGCCGAGGAGGAGGAAGAGCUGGGGCUCAAGGACAUGAAGACGGAGGGGUACGAGGCGCCGGACAAGGAAGAGGCGCAGCCACGCGGUGGAAGCGACGUGGCGUAA